AUGGACGACCUCCCGUCCCCAGACGACCUUUCUCGGUUCGACGGCUUCACCAUCCUCACGACAACCUACAAGACGGUAGCGGGGCACGCCAUUGCCACAGACGUCCUGGUCCCGAAGAGCCUCACCGCAAGCGCCUCGCCGGCCCCAGCUAAGCCCAGUCCCAUUAUCUUGCGCUACCACGGCGGCGGCUUCAUCACCGCCUCGACCCUGUACCCCGGCUUCUUCCAGUUGUGGUAUCUGGAACUCGCGGCGCGCCACUCGGCCAUCAUCGUCACGCCCAACUACCGCCUCGCCCCCGAAGCGUCCAUGGACGACAUCUUCGAGGACAUCGAGGACCACUGGGCGUGGAUGCGGCGCGAGCUGCCGGCUUUUGUGCGGGAGGCGACGGGCGGCCGCGUCAGCGUCGACCUGAGCCGCGUCCUCACGGCCGGCGACUCGGCCGGCGGGUACCUGGGCAUCAUGAUGGGGCUGACCCACGCCGACGAGGUCCGCGCCGUGACGGCGGCGUACCCGUGCGUCGACAUGGCGGACGAUCACUUCACGAAGGGGACCGCGAAGCCGCCGUUUGGGAUGGACACGCCGCGCGGCGUGCUGGACGAGCACUACGAGAAGAUGCGCAGGGGCGAGGUCCCCGCCGUCGUCUCGGAGGACGCGGGCCUCGCCCGGGGAGCGCUGAUGCUCGCCGCCAUCCAGCACGGCGGCUUCGCCCGGCUGUUCCCCCUCGCGAAGCGGCACCUGUUCCCGCUCGAGCGGCUGAGGGACGGCGCGCGUUUCCCGCGGGGCGGCGUGUUUGUGUGGCACGGCCAGCAGGACAGCGUCGUGCCCGUCGGGGGCGCUUUGCGGCUCGAGAAGGUCGUGAGGGAGGUCGAUCCGGAGCUGGACUUCCGGCUGACGUUGAGGGACGGCGAGCACGGGUUCGACCAGCACGCGAAGCUGGAUGACGCGUGGUUGGAGGAGGGGCUUCGGGGGCCGGUGAGGGCCUGGUUGGAGUGA